CGCGCGCAAUUAUUGCGCGGGAAAUAUUCGUUCAAGAACAAUUAAUUAUAUUAAUAACGUGUAAUCCUGUAGUUCACGUUUGAAUCGAAGGAGGUUUUUGUUGAUUGUGAUUGUGCUUUUUUUUAAAAUUUUAUUAAAAAUGGCAGCGUGAUGGCAGCUGGUUUAUAGAAAACAAUGGAAAAUGGCCGUGAACCAUACGAAGAGAUCGCAUCCAUGAAUAUAUUGCAUAAACUCAGCCAACGUUUACCAAAAAAAUCCGAAAAUUUAACAGUAAAUCUAGAAAAGAUUGACGAUAUUUCAGUCGGUACAUCAGAGCCAAGUCUUUUGGACCGAAUAACAUUCGAAAGUGAGAGGCUUAAAGUGAGUCAGAGCGAGUCUUCAUCAAGAAGAAAUAGCCAUGAUGGGGGUAGGAGUAAAAAGGAAACAUUUAGAGAAGAUGGAACAAGUUCCGAACCCCCAACAGCACAUGUAACAAAUUAUAAUGCAUGGAAUGACCUUGCCAGUUCCACUUCUACCACGCGCACUGAACUAAGUACUUCCGAUGGUCCUGUAGAUGAUCAGAUGCAAACCCGUCGUCGCAGCCACGAUUCAGCAAUACCCAAUACUCCAACCCAACGCUCUACGUGGAGAUCUGCAGACAGUCUUGCACCAGAUUCAGCGUUCGGAACCUCGCUAGCUGAUAUUAUAGAGAGUCCUACGAAUAAGAUUUAUCUUCGAGAGGACUUGAACUCUUCAAGGGAUAGUUCAGAGGAACGCAAAGCUAAAAAAAACUGGAAUCUGAUAAGGAAUGCAACCACAGCAACAGGCAUGUUUAGUAAAAAAGAUGCAGCGUUACCGGGUACGCCUUUGCCGAGUUUACAGUCAAAACGGAAUAGCCAAACAUCUAACUUUGCAAGAGAUGAACGAACGCCCUCUGUACCAAACAGUGGUUCAAGGGAACAAGAAGAAAUCUUUGGAGAAACUAGUUCGGAGGGUUUGGACCCAGAUUCUUUAAUGUUUCGAGAUGGAAGACGUCGAAUAGAUAUGGUUCUCGCAUAUGAAGAAGAAGAUUAUGGUGUGAUGACAGAGGUUGAGGCACGGAAGAAAGAAUCCAGGCGGAUAUUCCAAGAAAACCUAAUAAAAGAAGGUCUAGAACUAGAACUGGAAAACAAAUGCCUGUCAUUCGAUGGCAAAACUUGGUUUCUCAAAAUACACAUUCCUUGGAAGACCGAAGUGCGGCUGGCUGAAGUUUUGAGCAUGAAAUUACCUACGAAAAGGUUCAUCAGUCUAUCUGUUAAAGCUUGGAGUGACGAAGUUGAAACUGAAUCAGAUAAACAUUGGUACAUAAAAUGGCGACACAAAUGGAAGAAUCUAUUCGAAUAUGGACACGAAAGAAUCGAACCUGAACCUUCAUUUUACUCCGCAACUGACAAGCCUGAUCUUAAGAGAGAAGAACAGUUCCUAGUAAAAGAUAGAUUUACACAAUUAUCUCCAGCUCAACGUAGUUUACUAGUCAUGCAAAUAUUACUUAGGGCAAAAUAUGACAAUAAUGACACAAAGUUGGGCAUCCGACGGCUUCUUAACGACGGCACCUAUUUAGCAUGUUUUCCUUUACACGAAGGCAGAUAUGAUUUGGAUAUGGAUGACAAAACUCAAACAGAUAGACGGCUAUUAUACCUGGAAUGGGCACGUCCUUGUAAAUGGUAUAAAAAGCAACCACUAUGGCUGAUCAAAAAAUAUUUCGGAGAGAAGAUCGGCCUUUACUUCUGCUGGCUCGGCUUCUACACCAAGAUGCUAUACGCACCUGCGAUUGUUGGGACGCUGUGCUUCUUAUACGGCCUUGCUAGCAUGCACUCCAGCGAUAACAUUCCCAGUAAAGAAAUCUGCGAUGGCAAUGGUCCGGGCAAUACUACACUGUGUCCACUAUGUGACAAGGCCUGCCAGUAUCAACUUCUCUCAGACUCCUGUCUUUUCGCCAAGUUAACGUAUCUUUUCGAUAACCCGGCAACUGUGUUCUUUGCUAUUUUCAUGUCUUUUUGGGCGACUACAUUCCUUGAGUUGUGGAAACGUAAACAAUCUGUUCUAAGAUGGGAGUGGGACUUAGGAGGCGUCGAUCAAGACGAAGACCCACGGCCAGAAUUCGAAACCUCCGUGAAAACAUUCCGGACAAAUCCAGUUUCUAGAGAAAAGGAGCCAUACUUACCCACUUGGCAAAAGACUAUGCGAUAUGUCGCCACUAGCUCAGCUGUUCUGUUCAUGAUAGCAGUUGUAAUGGGUGCGGUCUUGGGAACGAUAAUCUACAGAAUUUCCAUGGUCUCAGUUAUCUACGGUGGCAGUGGUUUCUUCUUGAAGAGGCACGCAAAGAUCUUUACGGCCAUGACAGCGGCGCUGAUAAACUUGACCAUGAUUAUGAUUCUUACUCGGAUUUAUGCUAAAGUAGCAGUAUUUCUAACAAACAUAGAAAACCCGCGCACGCAGACUGAAUACGAAGAUUCUUAUACGUUCAAAAUAUUCUUCUUCGAAUUUAUUAACUUUUACUCAUCACUAAUCUAUAUCGCUUUCUUCAAGGGUCGCUUUUUUGACUAUCCAGGGGACGAUCAGGCUCGGAAAUCGGAGUUUUUCAAACUUAAAGGAGAUAUCUGUGACCCAGCCGGUUGCCUUUCUGAACUGUGUAUUCAGCUAGCUAUCAUUAUGAUUGGAAAGCAGUGCUUUAAUAACUUCGUUGAGCUUGGAUAUCCAAAAUUCCACAAUUGGUGGCGUCAGCGGUCACACCGUGCUGUCACUCGGGACCCCAGCAAACCGCAUAUGGCGUGGGAGCAGGAUUAUCAUCUACAGGAUCCAGGAAGAUUGGCACUCUUCGAUGAAUACCUAGAGAUGAUCCUACAAUACGGCUUCGUCACGUUAUUUGUGGCAGCGUUUCCUCUGGCUCCGCUUUUCGCCCUCCUGAACAAUAUCGCCGAAAUACGCCUCGAUGCUUAUAAAAUGGUCACUCAAGCUAGAAGACCAUUAGCAGAACGUGUUGAAGAUAUAGGAGCUUGGUAUGGCAUUUUAAGGGGCAUCACAUACGCCGCUGUAGUUUCUAACGCAUUUGUGAUAGCGUACACUAGUGAUUUCAUACCUCGCAUGGUAUACAAAUACGUUUACUCCCCGGACAACACCCUUGCUGGAUACAUUGACCACUCACUCUCACUAUUCAAUACGUCUGAUUAUCGCGAGGAAUGGGGGGCAGAUGAGAACGAAGUUGACCCUCCUGUGUGUGCAUACAGAGGGUACCGCAACCCACCUGAUCACGCCGACCCUUACGGACUCUCACCACACUACUGGCAUGUGUUUGCUGCUAGACUCGCUUUUGUUGUCGUUUUUGAGCACGUAGUUUUCGGUCUUACGGGGCUAAUGCAGCUCCUUAUUCCCGAUGUGCCAGCUGAACUGCGCACGCAGAUGCAAAGAGAAACUCUACUUUCCAAAGAAGCGAAGUAUGACUACGGGAGGCGGAGGCUGUCUACUGAGCACGAAGAAUUGAAUAAGCAGAAUAGUGAUAGUGGUGUUUCAGAAAGGCAGCCGACUCUAUGGAUGCGCCGACAAUCGCGAGUGUCCAACGGCAUAGACGCGCACGUCGCAAUCUCGACAAGACCGUCUUAGUCGGAAUUCAUAAAUAGCAGUAUAAUAAAUGUUCUAUAAACUACAAAAAUAUCAUCUUGCUGUAAAUUUUGCUGUCUGAACUCUGCCUUCUGAAUCUCCAGUGUUUUUUCAAGCUACGCUUUGAUCUAAGACAUUGUAAUCGGGCGGUACUUGCGGCAGUUGUAGUAAACGAAGGUCACUCAAACGUCAGCCAUCGAAGCUCUUCAUUUUUUGUUUACACUUAGGCGCUUAAACAUGGUUUUCUGACGUAAUUUCGGUGGCUUAUCGACAUUACGGAAGUAAUUUUAUAGCUAGAUGAUUAACACUUAGCAUAACGAAAAGCUCACUUUGUUGGCCACCCAAAUACGCAAUAACCCUUAGCCCAAAAAAAACAAAAGUACGAUGCGAUACGAACAGCGAGCAAUAAUAUCACACUCUUACUCGCUUCGCCUUGUUUCGUGUCAGUUCUGGAUAUUAUGCAUCCGAAUGAUUGACAACAUAGUGACUAGGCAAUUCCACAUUGCUGAAAAAUAGCCAGUUUGUGAACAUCUUUAGUAUCUAUAAUAUAAAUUUACUUAGGUAAUAAAUUGAAUCCUAAUCACAAUUUAUGAUAUUUGCUAAAAAAGUCUUUAACAAGCAACCUUGUGGAUUAAAAAUCAGCGUAGAUUUAAUUAGAUCUAAGCCUAGCUAGUACUAUAAGCAUUAUCAAAACAUGUAUCUCUAUCUGCAUCUCUAUAAAUUGUCAAGGAGACUGCAAGUUUAUUAUGUUCUUCGGUAACGUAAGAAAGUAUUGUUUUUAGGCAAAGAAUUUUGAACCUUGGGUCCAAUUUGUCUUUAAGUUUUCUGUUAUCUCAUACUUCUAGUCAUCCUUUAUAUAGUCUGUAUGUACCCUUAGUAAAAGCUUUAUAAGUUCGCAAGCGCAGUAUUUAUCGAGUACCUAUCAAAGUAUUGAAACGUGUUGAAAGCCAUAAUAGAAACAUAAUAGAAAGUUUUAGUUUUUAUAAAAAAAGUUACCUAACAGUUUUCAUAAAAAAAUGUUAAUCCUAAAAAUCCUAAAGCAGACUCUUCCGAAAAGAGCCAGCAUUUGCUAUUUUUCGAAACUCGGCAAUUGCUAUUUUCCAACGUCAUCAUUUUACAAUAAUUUUUCUAUCUUUUAGGAGAUGAGAACAGAGCUGACAACUUGCAAGCAACCUUGUCAUUAAACAAUUGUAUCUAUCCCGCUGUAAUAAUUUUGUUUUAACACAUUUUUUGAACUCUUGCAUUAGUAAAUCCAGAUUUACUUUCGGAAUCAUGUAAUAAUUUAAUAAAUGUAAUUAAAAAAAAUCAUCUUAAAACUAAACUAAACUAACUGACACAAAAUGUAAACAUACGUUUACAUAUUAACCGAAAUCAGUAUAUAUUUUCUUGGUAUUUAUAUUUAUAUUUACGUCGUUACCAAUAGCGUGAAUUUGUUUCACUGCCGUUGUCGAUUACGUAUUUUUUGUUUUUAAUUUUGGAGUCUGGUGACCCGCGCCGAACAGUCUUCUGACUACUCGACUUAUAUAUUCUUGUUAUUUUUAUAUGAUUUUUAAUAGAUUUGUCAGUGAACAGUAAAGUUAAAGAUAUUUAUGGUUACCUACCUACAUUUAACAUGGUGCGGGAGCACCAUAAAGAAAGUGUUUGUCCUAAAAUGUGAUAUUAGUUAAUGUUGCACAUUAGACUAUAAAGAAGACUAAACUCUUAAGAAUUUAAGUUAGAACAAUAAUUAUAUUAACUAUUUAAUGGGG